UGUAACUUUUGCAUCUGGCAACGUUAAACACCAUGGCUCUCAAUCAUGUGCUUAAAAAGCUUUCUGGAAACGCCAUUUACCUUCUAAACUGCCGGUCUCGUUUGGUCGUUGUAGGUUCUUUGAGUAAUUACACUAAUUAUCGAAACCUAGCCAGCAAAAAUAUGGCCAGACCUCAAGUGUUUUUUGAUAUGACCGCUGAUAAUCAGCCUUUGGGUCGUAUUGUUAUGGAACUUAGAGCUGAUGUGGUUCCAAAAACUGCAGAAAAUUUUCGAGCUCUUUGCACUGGAGAAAAAGGCUUCGGCUAUAAAUCAAGUACCUUCCAUAGAGUAAUUCCAGGUUUUAUGUGCCAGGGUGGCGAUUUCACCAAUCAUAAUGGAACUGGUGGCAAGUCUAUUUAUGGAAAUAAAUUUGAAGAUGAAAAUUUCAUUUUAAAACAUACUGGUGCAGGCAUUCUCUCAAUGGCUAAUGCUGGCCCUAAUACAAAUGGUUCUCAGUUUUUCAUUUGUACUGCUAAGACAUCUUGGCUUGAUGGAAAACAUGUUGUGUUUGGCCAAGUUACUGAUGGAAUGGAUGUAGUAAAGAAAAUUGAAAGUUACGGCAGCCAAAGUGGCAAAACAAGCAAGAAAAUUGCUGUUGCUAAUAGCGGACAACUUUCUUAAGUUUAGCCAACUUAAUUCAUUUUGAUAAUCUUUUACAAUAAAAUUUGGGCAAAUAUUUUUUUUUUACAUGCGUUACUACAAGCACAUUAAAUUGUUUAUAACAGCCCCCGAAUCUAAUUUUAAGUCUUUUGUCAAAACUAUGAUUAAUACAGCUUAACAACUUUUAAUACAUGUUAACUAUAAGCUCUGAAGUUUAACAAAGCAUUAAUCUGUAAAUAAUGAAAAUGCUUAUUGUCGAAACUCGAGUAAUGCUUCAGAUUUAUUUUCUGCAACUGAAAGGCAGAAUUUUUAAGUUUUUUCAAAAAUUGUGGUAGCUUCUUGCUGCAAAUAGUUUCUUAACUGCAGUAAAGGGGUGGGGUGUAAGUCUUUGUUUUGGACAUUCCUGAGCAAUUAUGUUUUUCUAUUAAAUGUCAAGUUUUGUCUUUGCAAAAAUAGCUUGCAAUUCUGCAUUGAGUUGGAAAAUAAAACUUUGUUUUGAAAUAUCGUA